GAGUUCCUCGUUGUCAUCGUGUCGUUGUCUCGUGACGUCCUACAACGUCCCUACUAUUUCUUAACAAUCUGUUUCUUAUAUAUUUAGCUUCAAUAAAUCGUGAUAUAUAUAUAUAUAUAUACAUAUAUAUGUGCAUACAUAUAUACAUAUGUAUAUGUAUGCAUACGUCGUCAUAGAAAAAAUAAUCGUUAUUCUUAAUAAGAAAAGUGUUUUAUUGGAAAAAAGUCGUUUGAACAAUUAUUGAAAUAUUUAAUAUUAGAAAUGUGAUAGACACGCCAAAAGGUGGAUCGAUCGCAUCCUUCGUGAAAAAGGGACUGAGAAAUCUUUUCACGAUGACAAGUGCAAGCUAAUGCAAAUGCAUAGAUAUUUUCAAGAAUAUCGUCAAACUCAGCAUCGUAGGAAGUUUCAAUGCGCGGCAAAAAAGGAAAAAAAAGAUAUACGAGUGUUUAGAAAGUGAAACGUUUUCUUCUCAUAUCCAAGUGAAUUUUCUAAAACAUUUUGUAUAACUGAUUUCUCCCGAAUAAAACUAUAUAAAAUACGAAAUUUUUGUUGCUACGAAACGAUCGUCAAACUUUUAAGUGUUCCUCUGUGUGUGUCUCUCUCUUUUUCUCUGUGUGCGUGUGUGUACAUGUGUGCGUCUGUGUGUGUCUAAAUCAAAGAAAAAGAAAAUUGGACUUUAUCGAUGUUUAUUGUAAAACUACAAGCUGGACUACAAGAGCAAUUGAUUUUUAUAAUCGUUUAGGAACUUUUGAACCUACCCUGUAUAUUGUAAUUCUCUAAUUACAUGCAGUUAAAGAGAUCAGUCAACAAUAGUAUCGAUUGACAGAAGAAUGAAUUGGACGAACAGGAUGGCGCGUCACGGUAGCGAGAGAUCCCUACAUACUUUACAUUCCAUGCAUCCUGUUCGUACUUCGAUUAUCCACAAUAAUAACAACAACAACAACAACAAUAACAAUAACAACAACAAUGAUUCAGCAACAAUGAAUCUUCAAGAAAUAUGGUCAGCCCGAGCAAAGCUAUUUGCAGUAGGUCCAGAAAUCGACGCUUUACUUGAUGAUUCUAUCGAUGGUGUUUGCAAUAUUAUCAAAUACUUGAAUUCAUCGAGUAAUACCACCAUAGUUCCUGGUUCCUCUUCGUUAGCUUUGGACUCUCGUAUACCCAGACCAUCACCUAAUAACGUUCUGCGCCGUUCCUCGAGCAUGCGCAUCCGUGGUGAACGGCUUCCAGCACAUCAUUCUCGACCCACUACUACUACCACCACCUCGGCUCUUCUUGGCCAACAUCACCAACACCACUACCGUCGUCACAACCAUCUUUUGCUACAGCAGCAGCAGCAGCAGCAGCAGCAAUAUCCUGAUCAUCGUAUUUUUCCGGUCAUCACGGAGAAUGGAACCGACUCGCCAAGACAACGAUCUCUUAGCCUCUCACUGACACCAGCUAGGCCGCGAACAGGACACGCGGCCUCAGGGACAACACCAGGAGCAGAUGACAGUGAUGCAGAGAGUGUGAGAAGUUACGGAAGUGCAUGCAGCACCGCAAGUGCCUGCGAUCAUGCUUCCUUUGCUUUGAACGGUACUACUUGGUCCGGUCGAUCACGAAAGUACGUUGUCCAUUGUUCUAAUCAUACUGGGGACAAUGAACAAUAUCUUACACCGACGCAAAGGGCCGCCAGACAAAUUAGGAAAUUUCAGGCCCUUUUGAAAGAAGCAAGAAUAGAGAUCGAAGAAAAGAAUCGAGAGAUCAUUCGAUUAACUAAAGAGGUCGUUGAAUUGCGAUUGUAUAAAGCAUCAUUGAAUAGUCCGGAUGAAAGAACUGAUAGUAGCGAUGCACUUACUGUACGUGAAAACAAUCCUUUUUCGCCGGAAUCACCAUGCAAAGAUCUUUUAGACGACGGUAGUUUCGAGAAGGUCGCUAGUCCAGAAACUUCGGAUAAACGUGCCCAAUCGGAUGUACCAUCCUCUUUGGCAGAUUCAGGACAUUUUGAAGACGGCUCCGUCCACUCGAAAGAUUCUGUGUGCCUACCGGAAACGGUACCCGAACCUUCUGGUAAUAAUCCUCCAUCCAACCUAAGACAAGAUGAACCUAAAGACGAUAGUAGAUCAGUCUCUGUUGUGGAUAGUAAUAGUCCUGAAAGAGAUGAAGAAAGACGUCGAUUGGUUAAUCAUUAUGAAAGCAGAAUCGAAGAAAUGCACCGAAGACAUAUCGAUGAAAUGCAGGAAUUGAUGAAGCACAAUGAUAAGGUAGAGAGCUUGUUAAAUCAACUAUCUGAUAUUAAUACUCGCUAUUGCGAGGUAAGGCCGUCCGUUGAUGCUGCGGAAGCUCGUAUUGGAGAAUUGAAAGAGGAAUUGGAGGCUGUGAAAAAUGAACUGGAUAAGAAGGAAGCUUUAAUUAAAGAGCAAGAAGAGAAGCAUAAACAAAUGUACCUGAAAGUGCAUGCGAAUGAACAAGAAACUGCACGCACUGAAAAAACUGAUCAGAUACCUGAAAAUGCACAGCAGAAAUCAUCUUUGGAAGUUAAUGCCACCGAUUUACUACAAGAAUUAACAGUUACAAAAGCAGAAUUAGAAAAAAUUAAGGAUACAAGCUACUCGCCUGAACCUCACAUUUCAGCCGAUCGUAGCCAAAAUUUAUUAAGCGCUCAGGAGGCUGUUUCUCUCUGGGUCCUUGGCACACGUAAGGCAAUGUAUCGGAGUAUUGUGGAGGCAAAAUACAAGAAGGAUGAAUUGGAUCUUGCAAUCACCUUGCAGUUUUUAAAAUCAGCAUUUUAUUACUUCCUGACUGAUAAAGAAAAUCAUCGUGGACAUCUGAAUGCUAUCGAAAGUAUCUUGGGUUUUACCGAAGCUGAGAAACACAACAUUGAUAAGAUUUAUGGAUCUGCUAGAAAAUAACUUAAACAACUUUAUAAAAAGCGAUGUAUAUGAUUGUUAGAGACAUACGGUGCAACGUGUUCUCCAUUUAUUACUUUUCUUGAUAUAAUAUUUAUAAUUUUAUAUACACAUUGAUAUAAAAAGACUAAAUAUGUAUUUCUCUUAAUGUUUAAAAAGAAACAUUAUUUUCUAUUUACAUACGUUCGCAUUGAAAAAGUAUAUAUAUUGAUCGUACUUAUAUUUUCAAUAAUUUUUUUUGUAAUGGAUAACACUGUAUGUCAUAUACUUUUAUCAUACUGCUGCUGGUUAGCAGACAAUUUUAAUGAUUUUAAACAUUUUUAAUAAUAAUAAUAUGUAUUUCAAUUUUUAUUAUGCGAUGAGAAAAAUUUUGAAAUUGUAAUGUAUAUGCGUAUGAUACAAAUUUAAUAGUCUUCAUAUUAUAUGGUAGAGUUCUAUGUAUAUUGAUUUCCAUCAAUGGAUAUGUAUUUCAUAAAGAAUAUAUGGCAUAAGUUAUUAAUUAAUAUAGAAACUUCAAUAGAAUUUUCCUUAUGUUCUAAUUAAAACUACAUCGACUAUAUUUUUAGAUACAAAUGUCUAAUUAAUAUUUAACUAUUAUUUAUCGCGAUAUGAUCAUUAAUAUAAUAUACUGGACUCUAAGGCCUAUUUAUAUAACUGUUUGAAAAAAAAAAAAAGAAGAAUGACAGAUUAUUUUUCAUAUUAAUAUUUGAAAUACAUAUCCACAUUGUAUAUUCAUACAAAUAUUAGAAUAUAAAAAUAACUACAUAUAUUAUAAAGCCACAAAAUAUUUCUAUUGGGGUAUAGAAUGUUUUACAUUCGUAUAGAAUUAAAAUGUGUUAGAAAUUAAUUAGAUUGAUAAAUAAAAUAACUUAAAGUCUUAUUAAAAUCAAAGAAAAAUCUAAAUUAUAGUUAUACUUAAAUUUGGUGGCACAUUACACAUUGAAGUAAUAAGGAGACUGAGAAGAUUGCCUUUUUAUCUGCUUAUCUGCUUGAUCUUGCCUUUAAUCUGUUUAUUAUCUAGUAUUAUAGAAAAAUUCACAGUGAAAGUGUUAUUAAGAAAAUAUAUUAUAAAAAUUAAGAAAAAAAAUAUAAGCAUAUUACCUAUA